AUGGAUCUGUCGAAACGGAACGUUGUCACGCCGCAACAACGAAAGAAUGGACUCUACCACAUUUACGAGUGGAAGGACAAGAAGGUCGUCGAAGUCAGCAGAUUCAACCCACUGGAUAUCUUCCUAGUCUGUCUCGUCCCCUCGUUGACCGGAUGCAUCUCAGCAAUCGUCAUCGCGCUCCUCUUCCAUCAUGAACAGAUCUCGAACUACAAUUGGCAAUGCGGGGUGAGUGCAACGUUUACAUCCGCCAACAACUUGACGGCUGUAUCUGACAAACUGUCCUCAGCCACAUAUCAGCGAAAAAUGUAUCCGUGC